AUGCGAGCUGUCAAACGCGCUGAAACAGAUCUUUGCAAAUGGGAGCACACAGAAGACAGCCAACUCAACAUGUCCUCACUUAAGGCCCGAUCAACUAUUCGAAAACUCAAGCAUAGCCAACUACGGAUUGAGCUCAAAUGGAAACUUUGCUCCUCGUGUUUCCAACCAUCCUCCUGCAAAUAUUUGGAAUUAACUAUUGUCAGUUCACAUGUUCAAAGCCUACGGACAGGCUGA